AUGACCAAACGGAGGGUACGAGGGGCCCCCAGAAUUGCUGAAGGAAUCGCCCGCCUGCAUGCAGCAGCAGCAGCAACAGCAGCAGCAGCAAUAGCUGCAACAGCAGCAACAGCAGCAGCAACAGCAGACGCAACAACAAAAGCAGCAGCAACAGCAGCAGCAGCAAUAGCAGCAGCAGAAGGAAUCGCCCGCCUGCAUGCAGCAGCAGCAGCAACAGCAGCAGCAGCAAUAGCUGCAACAGCAGCAGCAGCAACAGCAGCAGCAACAGCAGACGCAACAACAAAAGCAGCAGCAACAGCAGCAGCAGCAAUAGCAGCAGCAGCAAUAACAGCAGCAGCAGCAACAGCAGCAGCAGCAACAGCAGCAGCAGCAACAGCAGCAGCAGCAACAGCAGCAGCAGCAACAGCAGCAGCAGGUGGUGUAAAGAGACCACAGCCAACGAACUCACCCGAUCAGAGAAGAGUUGCUGCUGUUGCUGUUGCUGCGGUUGCUGCUGCUGCUGCUGCUGUUGCUGCUGCUGUUGUUGCUGUUGCUGUUCUUGCUGUUGCUGCAGUUGCAGCUGCAUCUGCAGCUGCUGGAGGUGCCCUGCAGCAGCAGCAGCACCAGCAGCAGCAGCAGCAACAGCAGCAGCAGCAGCAGCAACAGCAACAGCAGCAGCAACAGAAACAGCAGUAG